AUGAUUCCAUUAGAUGAGACGAAUAAUACCGGAUACGAAGGACAUAAGGGUCCUGAGGCAGCUUCGUCGCAAGACUUCUUUGCAGUAUCCCGAAAUCAAAUGGAGGAAAGGAACUUGAGAACAAGACUUGGGUCUAUUGACCUCGAGGAGAAAAGAGCGCUUAGACGACUAAGCUCAGAAAAGAGAUUGUUAAAAAUCAAACAAGAAAAACGCUUGGGAAGUUUGACGUGCAGAAGAAAUAGUGUCAAUGGAGGACAAAUAAACAACUCAGGAAGUUCGACUCCUCUUUCAGCGGUUUGUGAAUUGUAGACUUGUUUGAUAUUUCUUUUAUGACCCACUCAAGAAAACUAACUCGGGAAAGCAUAAAUAUGAUGGAUAACUUUUGACUUGAUUAGUUCCCAGUUAACUUGAGUCUUCGUCAACAGAUUAAAAGUUGACAAAUAAAGUGGAAACCCAAAGUCUAUGGUUCCCAGGUGUGAGGCUAAAUCACGAAGCGAUAUUGAAACUGAUGAGAAGAUUUCUAUCAAAAAAUUAAAAAAUUACCCGAUCAAGUUUACAUGCGUUUCGAUUAACAAAACAAGACCACUUCAAACGGAAAGAUCUCCUCACAUCGUCACAUAGAAUUGUAAUUUUCUCGUCUUAAAUUGUAUCAAACAUGUUUACUUUAAGCUGAUCAGUGUUAUGCUUGGGAGCUUUUUAAAGUUCCCAAGCAUAAAAGUAGCAAUCGAGGUAACUGAAUUUAUGGCUGAGUAUUUGCGAGGAAGAGGAUCCAAGACCCAAGGAUCCAAAACUUCACAGAUACGAAUAAAGAACAACAAACAAUAACAAAUCACUAAGAGUAUAGCUGGUGGUCCAGCUGUGUAGGCGAGCACGUACACAUAACCAGGAAUCCCAUGAUGCAACCAUGCCACCCAUGUAUUUCGUGUUAUACUUCAGAAAAAAUUAUCUUUGAACUACGCAUUUAAAAUUUGUAAUAUUCCCUUUGAAUUCAAAACUAUACUCUACAGGGCACACCAUGUCAGUUUGACUUCGUGAAGUUGCAGUUCAAGGCUGACAAACGACGGCAUUUGAGUUCUACUGACAGUGUAGAGUCGCCAGGAAUCACAAAAGGAACUUCACCAUCAACUCUUGACGAAUUCGCCCAACCCUCCCCUAGGUCAGAGAAAUAAUUUUUACACAUAUCUUGGUAAAACUGUUUGGUUUUUUUUAAGUCAUACAUGUAAUUGAAGUUUGUGGGAGACGGGAUGUAGCUAAAACGGGAUAAGCUCUGGCAGUUGGGACUUGGCGCCAGCCAAAACUGACUUAACAUUUUUUGUAAUUCUGUUAAAACUUCCGUAUCAUUUUCACCUUUCCUUUCCAUCUAGGCUACCAAAGUUACCUUUGGUGAAUAGUGUUGAGUCAGCAGAGCCUUUGAAGAUAACAAAACCUUUAAAUUCAAUAUCAAAGAACAACGACCCAUUUGCUGGCGAUAAAAAACCUCCGUGGACCUCAGCUAUUCCUCUGCGAAGUCAGAGCAAGUCCGAAGUGGCAAAGUCAAUGGACGAACUUAUUCGUCACCAUAGUGACGCAAAGUAUGCACAGAACAUCACCGUACCAGGGGAAAAACCCAGUGGAACUCGUCUGAGACGGCAGACUUGGUGCGGGAAAUCGCCACCUGAAAUGCAAACGUUGCAGCCACUCACUCAGAGAAAAAAUAGUUACUCUGAUAAUUUGUCUUCCCUGAGAAACCAAGAAACGAAUCCUUGGUCCUCAACUGUCACCAACACUACGGAUAUCUCGCAAAUUCAGACUGACGACCGUAAAGCCCAAGACUUUCUGGUGAACAAGUUUAAUCGACUCACUAGGACGGCUUACCCUGUAGUCGAAGAUGUACUGCCUAGAAAGACUCUUACCGUGCCAAACUUUCCAUUAAGAAAUUCAAAUUCAGCGAGUUAUCUGAGAUCAUUUGAAAGUCUCCCUCCAGUUUUCGAGGAUCGGGAUUUCAAAUCUGACACAGAAGAAGAAGAGGUAUUUGAAGAGGCUCAGGUCGUUCCUGUCGGCCGCAAGGAAAGUCUCUUACUUCCUUCAGAUGCGGCAAGUAUGUUACAGCAGCGCCGAACUCGUACUCUAAGAAGGCAAGAAAGCUUAAAGGAAGACGAUUCAAGUAUCAGGUUACCAAGCAGCCAAACACAAGAUACCACGCAGUCGCUCAGAGAUGGCGAGGAAAGUUCUGGUGUUUCUGGAAAGCUAGUAGAUCAGUCUAGCCAUGGUCUAAAAUCUAAGAAUUUGGUGAAGAACUCUUCCUUGGAAAAGAAAAGACUUUCUGUAGGACCUAUUUCUUUAUCUUCAGCAACGGGUCCGAGUUUCAGAAAAGACACAGGACAAAAAAUUAUGAAGAAAAGGGGAAACGAUAAAGAAUGCGUCAAAUCCAAAUCAAAACAAGUCCUCGAAAAGGAUGCUGAAAGUAACGAGAAGAAUGUCACCACACCAAUCAGUAAGGCCAACUGGUUGAAAGCUCUGCACAAGGUCUUCAAUAUGAACAUGUUUUUGAACGGCAUGACUGCUUUGCAGAAGCAACGGGAGAUUGAUCGUUUGGCUACAGAGAAAAAGAAAGCUGCUUUGGAACAAUUAUAUGAAGAACUGAAGAACUGCAGAUACCUGAGGAUGCCUUCUAAAGAAGAUGAAGAACAAUGCGACUGUGUAUCGUGGGUAUUUGACAAAAAUUGA